AGUUGCGUAGCUGUCAGACGGCCACCCUGCGUAUAUCAGGGCAUCAAGGCUAUGCCUUUUUUGCGCUUACAUUAUUCUUGCUCGUAGAGUUGAGUAGAAGUCAGAUUGAUUGAUGGUGCGAUACUGAAUCGUUAGUGAAGUUGAAACAUUACAUUUCAUAUAAAUGAAAAUUAUUAGAUUAUCUUUAAUGGUGCACAUGUGACGUAAGUGUUUGAAUCUGUACACAACCAGUGAUAAGAGAGAGAUAAAAAUUGUAACGUAGUACAACUUCCGUCUUCUAAAUCGUGAUUCCUAUUAGAUCAAAAUGACGAAAAUAAAGUCUUUACUGCCUCAAAUCAAUUAUCUAGGACAAAUGCUUAGAGCGCCCCAGCAAUCAGCUGGAACAAUCGUGAGUCAGCGAUGCUCUCACAAUCAGCAAAUCUGUGACGAGACGCUCAGUAUAGAGAAGCCAAAGGUAGAGGAAAUAAGAAUUCCGGUACCAUAUGGUGAAAUUGCUGGUAAGUGGUGGGGUCCGAAAGACACCCGUCCCAUUGUUUCGCUGCAUGGCUGGCAAGACAAUGCCGGAACCUUCGAUAGGCUGAUACCGCGUUUGCCUCAUCAUAUGAGUUUCCUAGCGUUAGAUUUCGCUGGACAUGGAUUGUCAUCCCGAAUUCCAGAUGGUAUGACGUACCAUACACAGGAUAACAUUUACAUGCUCAAAAUGGUGAUGCAACAUUACCAAUGGAAGAAGAUUUCAUUGAUGGGACAUUCAAUGGGAUCAAUCGUCGGUUUUGUUUUUUCCUCAAUCUUUCCGGACAUGGUGGACUUAUACAUCGGGCUGGAUGCUCUAAAGCCGCACAUACCGGAUCCGCAUGAAAUUGGACCACGCUUGCAGAAACGAAUUCCACAAAUGUUGGUGGCCGAUAUUCGGAACCGACAUAAAUCCGAACCGCCGAGCUACACCUAUGAAGAUUUAGUUAGUCGGCUGCAUCAAGGAACACAUAAAUCCGUGUCAAAAGAGGCUGCGCCGUAUCUAUUGAACCGUAAUAUCCAGAAGUCCUCUGUGAAUCCAAAUAAAUUCUUCUUUACUCGCGAUAGCAGACUUAAGUACGGCGUAGGAAUUGGUUUUAGUCAGGACAUAAACCUGGAGCUGGCCAAACGACUGACUAUGCCAUAUUUGUUCCUCAAAGCGAAACACUCCACGUACUAUGAAGAUAAAAAAUACUUCGAUGAAUUCAUAGAAGUUGUGCAAAAAAAUAACCCUUUGUUCGAGUUGCACUUCGUGGACAGCACUCAUCAUAUGCAUCUUACGGAGCCAAAAAAGGUAGCACCAAUUGUUUCAAAAUUUUUGUGCAAGUACUGGAAACAUGAUGCAAUGGUUGCGCAAUAGACGCCGUGAAUAAAAAUCUCAAUUAUUUAAAAAAUCCUACGUACAGAAAUAAUGUCUUUGGUAGAUAGUGUUCUUCUGUAGCAAAUUUAUUUAACUAAUUGUACACAUAUUUGAGCUGAGCCACCGGCCAAUAAUAGAGCAAUAUCUGUUAAAGCUAUUAUUACCUUCAAAAAUUAUUCGAAAUCACUAUAUUCAUCGCACUUUUUUAUAUCUUCUGGGAAACAAGUCAUUUUUGGUAAAUCCAAAUAAUUUUCAUAUUCGAAUAGGUAUAUGCAAGUAUUAAAUAUAGGGGUAAUUGUCCCGAUCUUCAUCUCA